GAUCGACGUUUGUUUAUACUGGUGCUUACUGUCACGGUUCAACCUGCUCGUCUACUCUCGACCUAUCCCCGAGACACGAGGUACAACACCGGUUUCCCAAGGAAUUGCUGAACGUGUUUCCAGUGUUCUUCGGGAUUCUCCACUGUGGAUCAUCGAAAGAUGUAGUUGCGGCUUCCGGCGCGUGACAGCCACGAAAACGAAGAUCGUCGCAGUGUGAGUCGGUGCAUCGUGAGACAGAGGGGCGGUGAUGAGGGAAGCCGGUUAAAGGAUCCUGUGACGCGCAGGCGCCGGUAGGAGUACAGGAAAGAUGCUGCCUUCCUCGAGAGCUUUAUUAAGCCCGCUGCUGCUUCUAAUCAUCGCUGGAAGCACCGGUGCCUUCAGCUCCCGACAAGGAGAAUGCACGUUUCCACCGAGAUGGGAAGGCACCUGGUUUCAGAGCGGAGUCACCCACCCGAUUGUGAUCUCGAGGAACGAGCUCUCCGGCAAGGGCAAGUGCCUGCACAACGAGGGCGACAAGUUCCUUCUGGUGAAUCAAAAAUCCUGCUACCGUUGCGUCGUUAUUCACGAGAAGCACCCGAACGUUCUCCAGUACAAAGAAACUUACUGUAACAGUAGAAGCACCCUGGCGUCCCUGUGCUCGUCCAUCACGGGAGAUGCCCUGCUAUAUUCAAUGUUCCGAGAGGAGGCGACACCUGUGCCGUGCCCUUUUCGAGGUCCUAUGACCUUUUCCUACAAUCGAGGUCACGGAACCUGCUCGGUACCCGUCAGCAACGUCGACACCUGCACCGACGACAGCAGACUGCUCUUCAGAUACCAGGCGUGUCCCGAUAUACCGGCCUCCGAAAGCGCAGUCGAGGAACUGGAAUGCCUGGCCACCUGGAAGGAGGGCAGCAGCCGCUACCUGGUCGGCCGUUUACAUCAUGGACACGCGUCCAGUAACGAAGAUCGAUACCGAUGCUUCGUCUACGAGAAGGCAGGCCAGACAGUGCAGGGUAAUCUGCACAGAGCUGCCAUGGGCAUGGGAGCCAUGGAUCAUGAUGUCGGUUUACAGAGCGGACCGGUGCCGGAGGAUGUGGACGAGAUAUACCGGGUGGCGCAGAGCGGCGACGCCACGUGCAAUGGCCUGUUCAGCCCAAUGGAGGGCUCGCGGACAAUGACUCUUAUGAAAGUCUCGCCACCCGGCCCGUGCCGAUUUCCCAAUUGGUUGACCGGGCAUCCCAGCGGCGGACUGACCUGGCACACCCUAGAUCUGACCAGAUCUUACACGUUCCAUUCGCGGAACGCUUCCCUCCACGUGACCAGAUCGAACACGAGCUCCUCGAGGUUCGAGAGCGGACCCCUGGACGGACAAUACGUUCCCGGCCACGAGGAUCAGGACGUGAAGAUUCUCUGCAACAGCAUCAAGCAAUCGUACGCCGAGCAGACGACGAUGUCCAUGCUGGUCGCGCAUUUCACCGUUGGCUGCCGGAGCGGUUUCAUGUGCAUGACGUUUUACCGAAGGGACGGCCACGUGGUGGAGGUGCAGACCGGAAGCGCCGUUUCGGGGCCGGAAGAAGCUUGCAGCCCGCCCCAUUUCCAGCAGCACAACAUACCCUUUCUCACCUUAGUCACUAGCUCCCCGGAGCCACGUACGUGCCCGUACUUGGGCAAAUUUACGGUGACCGGGGUGAACCGGAACCAACGGAACAUCCGUGAAAGCCGGCGGAACCAACACCAGGAGGGGGUCCGACGCGACAGAGAAAAGGUUCGACACGCCCAGGAACGAACGCAGGAGGAUCGACGGGGCCGGAAGCUCGACUUCGAGGCGGAGAAACGUCGGGCGAACAACGAGUACCUCGUCCACGAACGGAUGGGCAGACGGGCCAGAUCGAAUCGCAACAGUAGAGCCCAUCGGGACCACAGUCUGGAGGAGGUGUCCUCGAAGAGGUCUCUGGACAUCGAGGACCUUCUUUGGGACCAUACGUGGUCGAAAGUCAGACGAUCGGAAGAGAAACGUUCGACGAUGGUCGAACCGAGAAUCAGCGAAAGAUCGAGAAGAGCCCCGAUGUUGGAGGACUUCCGGGUGGACGCGGACGACUUCGCGCGGAUCAGACAGUUCUGGACGACGGACUUCGACGACACCGACGGCUCGAGCAUCCUCGAGGUCCAGGAAGAUUAUUUCGGUGAUUAUCCCGACAGCUCGGACCUGCCGAAGAAAAGGUCGGGCAGUAACUAUCGAGAAAUGACGUAUAAGGAUCUGUCAAGGGUGAGAAGGAACCUCGAGGAGCCAGACUCCGGGGAUGAUUCCGGCGAGAGACGAGAAAAGAGGGAGGAAGAUAUCUCCAGAUGUAGUUCGGAAGUCACGACUAUAACCAUUGGCUGUUCUACCGCGGACAGGAUGGAGUUUCAGACGGAUUGCGUCGACGACAAUGCUAUUGCUUACUCCUGCCACGGUAGGUGGUUCGACGCGGAGGGCACCCAAUUCGUGAUCGCCACGCAGCUGGCGCCCGGGACAACCUGGACCAGCGAAAACAACAGACCCCAGCCCUACAGGAACAGCCGAAGAUUGUGCUUCAUGUACAAAGAGAGCGGAGGAGUUGUCAGCUUGACUGCCAGCGAGGUGGCCUGCCAAAGGGGAAUACCUCCGCCCCCGCCGAUGUUGGCCUUCAACGCUACCAGUACCGGCCAAUGCAUGGAAGAGAACAGGGGCUUCGUCGUUCGGUCGACGCACCUCCUGAUCGUCAGUCUGACGGUGAUCGUCGCGAUAUACAGGUGAUUCUAAUCGAACGGGCAACGAUCUCACGACCGUUAAAUCGACGUUUGUAAUCUACGUUACUGGACAUCGUGUGAGUGACGAUAAACGAGGGUUGGUGCACGUGUAUAAUAAAACAAAAAAGUAUAUAUAUAUAUAUAAAUAUUAUAUAUAGUCACCUUCGUCGCGAAUCACCGAAGAAGAUCGGUCGAGCGUCCGGGCCAAAGGCGAGGAGGAACGACGACAGGAAGAAAGAACUCGGAAGAAUCGAUUCUUUGGCUUCGAACGCUCGCGUCCGUAACUCCCAGGCUAGCCUCUCUGAUUCGUCGGGAGAAAUUCGUGCUCGCGAAAUCGCCGUGAUGUUUCGCGAAUACGGGGAGACGGGAGAAUGGAAAUACCGACGAGUGGGAACGACGUAAAAUCGUGUCUCGAUUCGAUGAUUGAGACUGAAAAAUACCGUCGACGAUAAUCAAGAGACAAGUAACAGAACGUUGAUUUCCUGCUGUAUGAGAGGUAUUCUCCUCGUCGUGGAGGAAGAUCAGACGAAGAAUUCGAGGAUUCGAACGGAAGAACCGGAUCCGAACGAGCUGGACGUAUCCAGGGGAGAAGGAAGGAGGGAAGGAUGGGAAACUUCUCGCGAGGAAUUCGCUUUUUCUCAUCAAGACUCAUAGAUGGACCUCCGGUUGUUGAAACAAGGACGGUCGUCGUCGCAUCGAGCACGAAUCUCCCCCGGCCAGUAGGUUUUUUACCGACGUAGCUCGUAGGCACUAGUUAAUUAAAAACAAAAAUCAGGCAACGCUAACGAACGAAGUAAACCGCGCGCGAGUUUCUAUGGUUAGACCAUAUCAGAAGUGGCAAGGAUCACGGCGCACGAUCGAUCGGAUUCGCGAGGACGUUGCGCACGGUGAGAACGAUUGAACGGUUAACGACGGGACCGUGACUCGACACCGACCCGUGGAAUAAUACACCGGACGAAAGCAACAUCUUGUUUAUAGCCAGUAAGACGAUCGGCCGCCGACGGUCGCUAUCUUUUAAGGUAGAAAACUACAUAGGGAAUAGCUUUAAUAAAGGCGCGAGGGGAGGAACCGUUUACUCGGCAAAUAUUUUUCGCGCCGGAUGCUUCUCUGUUUCCUCGAAGUUAUCGGGCGCCCCGUAAAACGAGCGCACGGUGUAUUGUGUGAGAUGUAAUUAUAUUACUAUUUCAGAGAGAGUGGGAGAGAGUGAAGAGAAGAAGGGAGAUGUACGUGUAAGGGUUGCGCUCGCCUCUUGAAACAUCGGGAACGCCAUUUCGUCGAUGUACAAACGGUACUUUCGGUUAACGCAAACAAAAAGUGGACAUUGAGUGGUUUAAUUCUUGUAAAAAAAAAAAACUAGUGCGGUCUUUGAUGGAGGAUUGACGGCUAGUUUUCGGACAAUUCGAAAAUCCAGGCCGCGAGAUUCAAUUACCGCUCGAAAUGUUGGCGGGCGUAUUAUAGGUUGAUUGUGCUGUAGCUGUUAUGUAAUGGCUACAAAGGGCUAUUAGCCGCGCUAUAGCUGAACGUGCACCGUCGCUAUUAUAUAAUGGCUGUAAUAGCCGCCGGCUGUAUUAAUAACCCAGCGGAGCUCGGACGAGAGGAGAGAAAAAAAAAGAAGAAUAUGUGUUUCAAAGCUUCCGGUCACCCGCGUUAUUUUUCUAUCGUACGAUAAAAAGACCGCCCGCGCCACCGCUACUCCAGUGUCCGCGAUGUUUCAAGAGACGGGACAGAAACGAUCGAUGCCUGUGGAUUUAUUAAAAAUACACGAAAAACACUUUGCCGAGUGAAAGGCGUCCGUUUCCCGCGAGGAGAGUGAUCAUGACGGGUGAGAUUGAAUCGACACCGGCGGUGUGUGGAGGGGCGGAACAGUGUCGAAAACGUUAAGGAGAUGAUUCAACGCAAUACAAUCGACAGUGUAGUAGGAUUAUUCGGCGGGGAAUGUUAAGAGAGGGGUGGGAACGAGGUACGCGAGGAAGAAAUCGGAGCCCGGAUGUAUUUUUGGUUCACCUGUAUCCUCGAUACGUCUGAUUCGAAAAAGAAAAUUGGUCUCAAAAAAGAAUUUGUAAUUAUAAACACUUAAGUUUAUGUAAAAACAUUUGGCAAUUAUUAUGUGUGAUCUAGUUCCAUUUUCGCCGCAGUUCAAAUCACACAUAAAUACAUAGUUUAAUCGUCAAAGUACAUAAUGUUUGACAAUCGAGAAAAUAAUUAGCUUCAUAUGCAAAUGGUGACCCAUAUUUAUAAUUUCUGUUUAUAAAGGUAUAAGUGACAUAUGACGGUUAAUAAAAUCCGCCACUUCAUUUGCAAUAAUAUACUUAACAUCUGCCCUCGUUGUGCCAGUUUUAUUUCUACGGUUACUUGAAUAUUUUCUGUCAUAUUACCAAUUCUGAAUCGAGGUCUAUAAUAAUUUGUUCCAAAAUGUCUUAACGAAAAAUAAACUCUAUUAUCGUGAACGCAAAGUACAGAUAGCUUGACACCACGGGGGCUUCAUGGAUUAUCCACAACAUCUAUAUCCCCUUUAGCUGCAUCUUUGCACUCUCAUUCUCACGUAAAGCUUCUCCAUUUAUUCUUCAACCACACCAUAGAACAUCCCCUUCUGAAUUUUAAUCGAUUGUUCCGUGAAAUCAGGCGUAUGCAGAUUCUAGCAGUUAAACUGUAAUUGACUCGACAGAAGGGAGUAAAGGAUCGUUGGAAGCAAAAAAAAAAAAGAAAACUAUCGGUUGGCAUACGGCCGGGCGUGGAAAGUGUAAAAUUGUAACUGUGAUGGGUCGUAACCGUGCCGUUGCACCGAGUCCACGUCGGGACAAUUUCCCUCUCACGGCGCAACGAUUUCAAACGAAAUUCCCGAUGCGUUCUGGGUACGGCUCCGAUUCUUCCUCGCCACGAUCUUGCUCGUUUUCGUUUUUCUUUCCCGAGCGUGGUCACACGUGCCGGAGAAAAACCCCCUCGCGCGGCCAAUUAUUCAGGGUUUAUCGGCGGAGAUCGCGGGGCCGCGACGCGGCGAGAGACAAAUUGACCACUUGUUCGACUCCUAUCAGACCAAGAGAGAAGAGGGGGUCGCGGGCAUAUUUUAUUAAAUAGUCGAGUACGUAGACUUGGGAAACUGACCGGCCCGGUAUCGCGCGGCUGUCCCGGGAAUCAAAAUGAAAUUCCCGUGUAACGAAUGUGGG